CAGACCAGACCAGAGUUCAGCAGUGCAGGAACUCCAUGUGCAGAACGAACACACCGCUGUAACUAAUCAACAACGACGGCGACAAAAACAAACGCGACGCCAAUAUGGAUAAUGCGACCUAUUGCUACUCCACCGACUACACUCCGCUGACUACGGGUAAAGGUGGGCGCAAGGCGGCCCACACCGCCAUCCAUAUGGGCGCCGGCUCGGACAAGGUCCCCCAGGACUACUUAGUCUGGUCCCUGUGCAACUUCCUCUACGUCAACUUCUGCUGCCUGGGAUUCUUCGCCCUGCUCUACUCCAUCAAGGCCAGAGACCAGAAGACGUUGGGGAACUUGCGGGAGGCUCGCGAAAACUCUGAGAAGGCCAAGUGGUACAACAUCCUGGCGUCCGGGUGGAACUGCCUGGUGCCUCUGAUGAUCGGGGCGGUGGUGGUUCUCCUGGUGCUGUACAUGAGGAGUAGCGAGGGCUCUCUGCCAUCCCUGUUCGGAGAGGAAGGCUUCCAGCGCUUCAUCAAACAUUUCAGUCAGUAGGUUUUUGAUGGGGAGUUUCACAAUGAAAGACUGAGCCUAUAGUUUCAAAUUCACAUUGAUAAUUUCAAACAAAUUGAUCAGUUUUCCCACUUUGUUGUGGCUUUGUUUUGGUUUUCUGUUCUCCUUGAUUAUGUCCGUAGUCCAACCUUUACAUUAUGUCCUGUAAUGCACAAGGGGAAGUCGACUCGUAAGUUGAAGUAAAUUUGUUUGUAAGGCCUGCUCAGUCCCACAUGCCACACUGCGUGGUUGUAAUUCCUUUGUUGUUAAAACCUUUUAGAAUUCUGAACUGAAACAACUGAACUGAAACAAAUUACUUUUUUAUAGCCUGUUAUGUAGAAGCAAAAUGCACAGGGUGGUUUGAUAUGUCUGCUUGUGUGAUUCUGAAAAAAUAUCUAGACAUUGUUAAACGUGAUAUGUAUCCCUAUGAUUGUGGCAUGUCUGUAAUGGCCUACUACAGUACAGGGGUGAGUUUCUCAAAAGGGAAGUUGUUAGCCUGUUAACAACUUCGGUAGUUGCCAAUGGGAAAAUGCAUUGAAAGCAACGAAGUAGCUAAUGUAGUAAGCAACUUUGGUUUCGAGAAAUUCACCCCAGCCCAAUUUAGCCCAAAGUCCUAAUUUAUUGACAGACUGUUUCUUUUUUUUGUUUCCUUUGAUGAUUUCUCUUUGAUCAAAAGGUAACAUAACCACAGUGUGCUUUUUCUGUUCCCCAAUUCUGGCAUCCAGCUGCAAAUAUGGACGGACAGAAAUGUUGUCAUGGCAUAUUUCAGAAUGGCGCAAAACCAGAAUUGAGUAAGUUUAUGUGAUAUACAUUCUUUUUUAUGUUCUAUCAGUGUUACUGUACUGUACAUUUUAAAAACCUUUAAUUUCAUCGCUUUUCAAAAAAAAUAAAUCGUUUUCUCCUUUUCCUGUUCUUAA